GCCUGCAGGGAUGCAUGCAGACAGAACACUGUAUACAUAAUAAAUAAAUAAAUCUUUAAAAUAAAAGAAAGAAAAUUGGAAAGUUAAUCCAAACCUGUUCGUGGCGGAUUGUUGAUAGUUACAAAACACAGACAAAUACUCAACAAUAGGAAAUUCUUUUUUGUUUCUUGAGACAGUGUCUAUGUAAUCUUGGCUGUCCUGGAACUCACACAGAUCCACCAGCCUCUGCCUUCUAAGUGCCAAUCGUUGCUAAACAAACUAAGGAGUCAGGAGAUGACUUGCGUUUUAAGGCUGAGCAAAGGUGGUUUGCCCAUCUCAUCACAUCCCUUAUUAGAUCUAGCGCAAAGUCUCCAAUCUUGUUUACCAAAAAGCCUGGAGCGUGUGGAGCUAGUUCAGUAGAAAAAACUUGCACGUGGCCGGCUCCGCCUCCCUACGAAGCCCCGCCCCAUCCAUGGGGCAAGGCGAGUAGGGGUUUCCAUGGUGACCGCAAACAAGGCCCCACCUGGAGGGGCCGAUACAGAGUUGCCACUCCUGCUGCCACCAUGAUUCCUCCCGCAGACUCUCUGCUCAAAUAUGACACCCCGGUGUUGGUGAGCCGGAACACAGAAAAACGGAGCCCCAAGGCUCGGCCACUGAAAGUCAGCAUCCAGCAGCCUGGGACCUCAGGUCCAGUCCCAGUGUCAACCAAGGGCAAGCUUCCCGCGACUUCCUGUGUCACAGAUCCUACAAAACAGGCAGAAGAAAUCUUGAAUGCCAUCUUGCCUCCAAGGGAAUGGGUGGAAGACACACAGCUAUGGAUCCAGCAGGUGUCCAGCACACCCAGCACCAGGAUGGAUGUAGUGCACCUGCAGGAACAGCUGGACCUGAAGCUGCAGCAGAGACAGGCCAGGGAGACAGGGAUCUGCCCUGUGCGCAGGGAACUCUACUCUCAGUGUUUUGAUGAGCUGAUCCGGGAGGUCACCAUCAACUGUGCAGAGAGGGGGCUGCUGCUGCUACGAGUCCGGGAUGAGAUCCGAAUGACUAUCGCCGCCUACCAGACUCUGUAUGAGAGCAGUGUGGCAUUUGGCAUGCGGAAGGCCCUGCAGGCGGAACAGGGGAAGUCAGACAUGGAGAGGAAAAUUGCAGACUUGGAGACAGAAAAGAGAGAUUUGGAGAGGCAAGUGAAUGAACAGAAGGCGAAAUGCGAGGCCACAGAGAAACGGGAGAGCGAGAGGCGACAGGUGGAAGAGAAGAAACACAACGAAGAGAUCCAGUUCCUGAAACGGACCAAUCAGCAGCUGAAGGCCCAACUGGAAGGCAUUAUUGCACCAAAGAAGUGAUAAUUCCCGUAUGGGUCUCAGCAGGCACUAUGCCCCACCAUAAGCCCAUUGUAAUAAAAAGCCAGUUUUCCUGAGUGAACAAGCAAGCCAUCCCCUCCCCUGAUCACCACUCAUAUAAUUGUUAGAACGAUUGCCCAGUGCCAUGAGAAACACCUAAAGUCUGGCAGCCAGGCUCCUGGUGGGGCUGUAGAAGGUGGUGUAACCUCAUGUCCACGUGCCGCUUACAGACUGGCCUGGGGAUUUGUCAUCUCAACAACUCAGGAAGCAAGUGUUUCCCCAAAGAAACUACUCUUGCAGCAAAUUCAGUUCACAGUUCACCUUGUACCUUGGGCUUCUCUGGCCCCACCCUCCCACUCCAUCACUUCUCCAGGGUUAACAUUUAGCAACUCAUUUCAGAGUCUGGAUUUAGUCUCAUUCCCACCCACCAAGUCAGCAGGACCCUGUCCACAGAAUGCCUGGCUCCAUGAGGAAACAACAGCAGAGACAAACCCCUGCUCACUGAGAGGUAUGGAAGUUCCAGUAUCUUGAGAGCUGCCUGCAUCCCAGGCCCUCCCCAUUAUUCACCUUCUGCAGGAAGGACAUCAAAGCCUGACUCCACACUCCCUAACUAGCCAUUAAUGAACAGCUAAGGAAGCAGCCACAUCUCACCUGCAGCUCUAGUCAGAUUAUGGCCUAAAGACAGUUUGUAGAUCCAGAAGACUUAAGUUACAGCACAUUUCCAUUCAGGGAAGCCCAGAGCAGGAGAGGACAGUGAGCUUGGUGACACCCAUAUUCAACCAAGUGUUGUUUCCUUCAGUUGGUGGAUUUCCUUCUAGUUGUUGGGAAUGCCUCAAGUACAUAGCACCCCUGAACGGUGCCAGAAAGUGUUCACUCCUUGGCAGCUUUGACCUCCAUCCCACUCAAGACUUACUGUAAGGCUUAUGACCCCAAGAGCUGUUGUGAGUUGACUAUAACACAACUCUGACCUUAUACUAGAAGUCACAUCUUUGACUGUCACCCAGUAUCCUGAGGAACUAGAUAGACUUCCACUAGAGAAACCUGCCUGAGCUGCCGCCUACCUAGAGCCAUGCCCUGUGGUGUGCUGGCUUUGUGGCCUGCACAGGAAACUUGGCCUGUACUCUAACAAGCCCAAGUAGACAGUUGCUGGAGCACUCCUCAUUCCUCCAGCCCCACCACGAAGUACUUGUGCUUUACAGCUUUUAGGCGCUGAUGAUCCCCAGCACUGCUUAGUAGAGUAAGAAACACACAUUUGUCUGUAGUAGACACACACACAAGG